AUGACUGGCUGCAAGCCCUGCCCCACUCCGGUUAACACUCAGGGCAAGCUGUCAGAGGCCGAGGGUAGUCCAGUUGCAGAUCCCACUGCGUACCGGAGUCUUGCUGGUGCACUUCAGUACCUCACUUUCACCAGGCCGGACAUCACAUACGACGUGCAACAGGUCUGUCUCCACAUGCAUGAUCCUCGAGAGCCCCACCUGACUGCUCUCAAGCGCCUUCUCCGCUACCUCCGCGGCACCGUCGACUACGGGUUGCUUCUUCACCGGUCUCCCUCCACCGAGCUGGUCGUCUACACUGACGCUGACUGGGCCGGGUGCCCGGACACUCGGCGCUCUACCUCCGGCUACGCCGUCUUCUUAGGCGGCAACCUCGUGUCCUGGUCGUCCAAGCGUCAGCUGGUUGUCUCCCGCUCCAGUGCCGAGGCGGAGUAUCGCGCUGUUGCUAACGGCGUGGCUGAGGCUUCCUGGCUCCGGCAGCUCCUCGCCGAGCUUCACAGCCCCCUCUCCAGGAGCACGCUGGUCUACUGCGACAACGUCAGUGCGGUGUACCUCUCCACCAAUCCGGUCCAGCACCAGAGGACCAAGCACGUGGAGAUCGACCUACACUUCGUCCGGGACCGGGUCGCUGUCGGCGAUGUUCGGGUCCUCCACGUCCCGACCACCUCCCAGUUCGCCGACAUCUUCACCAAGGGUCUCCCAUCCUCGACCUUCGCCGAGUUCCGCACCAGCCUCAACAUCACCGGUGGCUAG